AUGGACGCAGAUGAGCGUGUCCAACGUGACGCAGAGGAUAGCACGAAGGCGCUCACGCGGUUCUUGAUCUAUAACAACGAUGGAGGCGACCACGAGAACCAUCUACGUGCUCUAUUGAAGUCACGCGUCAAGACGACGAGCAAGUCUACCCUCAUCGAGAUACAUUACUCUAUGCUAAUUCAUUCGUUGAUGAUCCACCCACACACCAGCAUGACCUCGUACGAGUCUCAAGGCGAAGACGAAGACGAGGAUGAAGAUGAAGACGAAGAUGAUGAUCCAGAGAGAACGGCGAGAGGUAUCGCGACCUUGAAGAAAUGGCUGCGUGUGCUAUACAACAUGGAGAUCAAACCAGCAGAGUUCAACGACAUCCUUCGCGAAGACCUCGAAGAGCUAGCAAGGAAACAGUACCGCAAAGUGUCACCGGCUGGCAAGGAGUUGCUAGAUAUGGCACCGAGCGCUAUCUGCUACAAGACAUUCGCUGACUUCGACCGCGUCUCGUCCAUUGACCCCGAUGCAGCCCCCGAACUGGUCGACAAGGUCGCUCAUAGCUUGAAUCGCAUGGCUAGUGUCUGCACCAGGUUCUCGACUCGGAAAUACUUCUACGGCCACGAACGAGUUCGUGAAUCCACGACCCCGACAAGUAUUUCCACGGUACCCAACAAAGCCAACGAGACCUUCCGCACUUCAGACAGAAUCUAA